AUGACUCCGUCAUCAGCUCCCUCUUUUGGACCAUAUGAUGCCAAGGCAGUGAGACAUCCGAUUGACGAGCCCUCAGACAUUGCUAACAAUCAAAGUCAACUGACCACCGGUUCAAGAAUAACUAUUCAAAAGACCCAACAAACAGCGGAUUUGCCUAUUCAGCAUCCCCCGACUCCGCCUCCACCUCCUCCGCCAUCUCCUCCACUACAUCCUCCUCCGCCAUCGCCUCCGCCGCUACCACCCCCACCUCCGCUGUAA